AUGGCCGAGAAAUCGAGUGAAGAAUAUCCGUGUGACAACACUGAUAAUACUUCUGAAACCGCAACACCUUCCAACAACUCAGCUGAUAAAAAUAGCGAAGACAUUUCGGGUGCAAUCUGUACCAUAUCAACUAGUCCCGAAUUAAUGUCAGAAAUGUUUUACUCCUUUGACCAAGCGCCUUCCGAACUUAAUGCACUUCAAUUGUGUAUGAAAAAAAUUGUUGGUAAAUUUUUUGAUGAACUUCAUACUGAAAUCCGUAACAAUGACAAUGUAAAUGUCAAUGAAAAUGUAAAUGUAAAUGUCAACGAAAAUGUAAAUGUCAACGAAAAUGUAAAUGUCAAUGAAAUGUAA